GAAUUUAGAAAUGAACUGUGAAUGUUUAUGUGUUCAAUGUUUCGAAUUUGCUGAAUUAUCUCAUUCUAUGUUACGUAUCAUUGAGCAAAAGGUUAUGAUUUGAGUAUUUGUUUGAUGCUAUUGUAUGUUUGAAUUGUGUGGUAAUUGUAAAUCUAUGAAUUUGUUACUGAAUAACUGAGAAAUCUUUUAAGAAGACAAUAUAUGGGGACAAUGGUUUUAAUUAUGAAGUUUAAGGACUCAAAUAUUUCGAUUUUGGAACUUGAGUACCAAAUUGGGAUUAUAAUAAAGACUUUUGAAACUACUGACAGAUCUCAGAUUUCAAAUGGGUGCAAGUCGGAAGCUGUUCUAGUGGUGUUUUGGAUGACCAAUGACCAUUUCUUAAGCUGUUCUUUAUAAGUUGGAAAUGGGUGCAAGUCAGAAGCUGCAGGGGAAAAUCGACCGAGUUCUCAAGAAGGUUCAAGAGGGCGUCGAUGUAUUUGAUAGCAUCUGGAACAAGGUUUACGAUACGGACAAUGCAAACCAGAAGGAAAAAUUCGAGGCGGACUUGGAGAAGGAGAUAAAGAAGCAGCAGAGAUACAUAGAUCAGAUCAAAACAUUGAUACAGUCCAACGAGAUCAAGGAUAAGAAGGCUCUGAUGCACGCUGAAAAGCAAAUUGAGCGUGAAAUGGAACGAUUUAAGAUAUGUGCAAAAGAAACGAAGGCAAACGCAUUCUCAAAAGAAGGCCUAGGCCAACAGCCUAAAACGGCCCAAUUUUUGUGUAUCAGACGAAACGAGUUCGUGGAACGACGAAGAAGCAAAAGGCUGAAAAAAGAUGAAAUGGCUGUCUGUGAAUGCACUUUUGAGAGUGCAUGUGGUGAAAGGUGCUUGAAUGCCCUAACCAACACCGAGUGCACACCAGAAUACUGCAACGAGCAUUGCAUGAAUCAGAAAUUUCAAAAAUGUGAAUAUGCAAAGACGCUAGUGUUUAAAACUGAAGGGCGUGGUUUGGGUCUUCGAGCUGAUCAGAACCUAAAGGCUGGCGAGUUCAUCGUCGAGUUCUGCGGAGAAGUUAUACCAUCCAAAAUGGCAAAAGAAAGAUCCAAAAUCUACAAGGAUUCAGGUUAGAUAACAAAAUGUACAAAAUAUCAGUUUUUAUUUAUUGAAAAUAAAUUGAACCCUAUCCAUUGGGUCAUGCAGG